AUGAUGAAGCUUUCUUGUCUCUGGUUUCUCGCACUUGGGGAUACUUGGGGUCCGGAUCCCGCGGAUCCCCCGGAUCCCGCGAUGCUCUCGGCGCUGGCGUUGGCGCUUCCGCUGGGAGCGGCGGCGGCGGUGGAGUGCCUGGACCCCCGAAACUUCGGCGCGGUGCCGGGGGAUCCGGGCAGUUCGGCGGGGCCGAACUGGGAGCGGAACACCCAGGCGAUCCAAGCCGCCAUCGACGCGGCCGCCUCGCAGCCAAAGCCGCGGGCGGUCUGCAUCUCGGGCGGGGACUUUGUCACCUCGGACCUGUACCUGCGCUCCGAUUUGCGGUUCGAGAUUUCGGCCGGCGCGCGGCUGCUGGCAGGGGUGAACGUCACUGGCAAAGCGCUCAUCCACGGGGAGAAUGUGAGCAACCUGGAGCUGCUCGGGAGAGGGGAGGUGCACGGCAAUGCGGAGCACUGCUGGUCCUCCUACUCGCCCAUCUACAACCGGGUCGAGCCCAAGGGCGCCCGAUCCCACCUGCUGUACCUCAGCGGGGCCAAGGACGUGCGUGUGAGCGGCCUCACCUUCCGGAACGCCACCUUCUGGAACAUCCACAUCCAAAACUCCCAGGAUGUCACGCUGGACGGCGUGAAGGUGAUUGGGUCCCAGCUCUACCCCAACAACGAUGGGAUUGAGCCGGACUCCUCAGUGCGCGUGUCCAUCCUCAACUCCUACAUCGAUGUGGCAGAUGAUGGCAUUAGCCCCAUCAGCACGGUGGAGGGCGGCGAGUUGAAGGAGCUGGUCGUGCGCAACACGACGAUCCGCUCCAAGAGCCACGCCAUCAAGUUCGGCAGCACCUGCGACGCGGACUGCCACAGCUCUGUCUUCGAGAACAUCACCAUUUGGGACUCGAACUCGGGGAUCUCGGUGCAGCAGCGUGGCGCGGGCAAGGUCUACAACCUCACCUGGCGCGACAUCCGCAUCGAGACGCGGUACCAGGCGCCCAGGUGGUGGGGCAACGGGGAGUGGCUCUCCUUCACCACGCGCAAGCGGAGCUUGGAACCACCGCAGCCGGAGGGAGAGGCCGGGGACCUUCGUGACCUCUGGUUCGAGAACAUCGUGGCGCGGAGCGAAAACGGGGGCUUGCUCUCUGGGCACGGGAACUCCAAAGUGCGGAACGUCACCUUCCUCAACGUGAAGGUGAACAUUACCCCUGGCAUCGGCAACUACUCACAGGGCCAAGGCCCCAACUGCUGCCUGCGGGACGAAAAUGCCACCACGUGCCACCAAGUGUGCAUGGGCAGCAAGGACUACCGCCCCAGCUACGAGGAGGACGUGGGCUGCGACUCCUUCGGCAACUGCCGCGCCCGAGGCCUGGCGUACGGCCUGCGCGUGGAGAACGCGGAGUACGUGAAGGUGCUCAACAUGUCGGUGUCCUUCGCGAGCCCGCGGCAGCCGUGGUUCGGCCGCUGGUGUUUCAGCAAGGACGAGAUCAGCAGCGUGGGCUUUGACGGGGCGAAGUGCACCCUGGACUUGGCUGGGCCGAUCGUCGAUCAGUUCGAGCCGGACGCGACGAUAUUGUCUUGAUGGUUUAAGCUUAGACCGACGCAUUGGCAGACUCUCGCGUUGGCAUUUGCCAUGAGGGUGGUGUCUACGCGUCCUGCCUUGCGAGAUCUGCUGUGACCAGAUGGCGUGCGGGUGUGCGUGUUUUUUUGGGGAA